AUGGCUUCUCACCAGUACCCCGCAGGGCACAAGCCAACGAUGACCGAGAAGGUGAAGGAGAAAGUUGCCGUGUUGAAGGACAAGCUUACGGGAGAAGAUCACCACGCAUCGUCAGGCACCACGUCCACGACGACGCCGAUGACCGGCACACACGCCGGUCACAACACCCAGGGAGAGAGCAUGGUCGACAAGAUCAAGGACAAGCUCCCUGGCCAGCACGGGACCACGACCGGGCACCACGACUCCUCGGCUUACCCGUCGUCCACCGGCACUACCGGGUACGGAGGGCACCAGACCGGCAUGGGUACUCACCCGGGCACCACCGGUGCCGGUUACGGAGCGACCGGAACCCACGGAUCUGAGUACGGCCGCGAGCCUGGAGUCGUCCAGCAGGUGAAGGACACACUGACACCGGGCCAGCACAACACGGGCGCCGGUUACGGAGGUUCGACCGGUUACGGAGGUAACACUGGCACUCACGGUACCGGUUACGGGAACACUGGGACUCAUGGGACGGGUCACACGGGCUACGGUCAAGAGCCAACUAUGGGUGAGAAGAUCAAGGACAAGCUGACCCCAGGUAGCAACACGAACGCCGAAUAUGGAGCUGGCUAUGGCGGCCACACUACCGGAUAUGGGAAUGAGCCGACGAUGAUGGAGAAGGUGAAGGAUAAGCUCACUCCAGGUAGCAACACCAACUCCCAAUAUGGAGCUGGAUAUGGAGGUCACCAAACUGGUCAUCACAGCAGCAGCGAACCGAGCAUGAUGGAGAAGGUGAAAGACAAGAUCACUCCGGGAAGCAACACUGGAUCCGAGUAUGGAACUGGUGCUGGGUAUGGAAACUCAGGCACCACGGGAUAUGGACAUGGUGGAACUGGAGCCCACACUGGAUACGGGCACGAGCCUUCGGUGGGAGACAAAAUCAAAAAUGCUGUGAAUCCCGAUCAUCACAACACUGGUGGAUAUGGGCCCUCUACUCCUGGUUAUGGAACAUCAGCUGCCACCGGACAUCAUCAAGGAAUUGGGGAGAAGAUUGAGAACGCUGUCAUGCCUGGCCAUGAGUAUGGCAACACCCACGGCACUGGUGCCACCCCGUAUGAUGCUAACACUGGUCGGUAUUGA